AAUUAAAACGUUGCGGAAAAUGUACCGUUUCUUUCAUCCGUCAGGAUUUGUUGAUUUAUUGGAUGCCCGGAUUUCCCGUGCCGGGGUUCAGGCCUAAAAAGAUGACAAGGCUUAUAAGAGAGCGUUUCCCUUUCCAGAUGAAUGGAUGUCACCAAUCCCUAAAGUGUGUCAACACACCUGCAGACACAAGAACAACGCUGCAAUUCUAAAAUGAUCCAAGGCACCGGCCGGAGGGAUCCUGAAGUUUCAGCUAGUGACAGAAAAGAUGAAGAUGACGAUGACACGAUAAUAAAUCUGCAGUUGUUUCCAUAUUCAGAAGCUGGGGAUGAUUCAAAUGAUGGGAUCCUGAAGCGUUCCAGCACUCUGACAAAUCGCCAGCGUGGCAAUGAAGUGUCUGCCUUGCCGGCCACUUUGGAUACUCUGUCCAUUCACCAGCUUGCAGCUCAGGGUGAACUGAACCUGUUAAAGGAAAAUCUCCGAAAAGGUGAGAACCUACUGAACAAGCCAGAUGAGCGAGGAUUUACCCCUCUGAUGUGGGCCUCGGCUUUUGGAGAGAUUGAAACCGUCCGCAGCAUGCUAGAAUGGGGUGCAGAUCCCCACAUCCUCGCUAAGGAGCGAGAGAGUGCCUUGUCUCUCGCCAGCACAGGAGGAUACACGGGCAUUGUCACCUUGCUGUUGGAGAAGGCCGUGGACAUCAACACCUAUGAUUGGAAUGGUGGGACUCCACUGCUUUACGCUGUACGGGGUAAUCACGUGAAAUGCGUUGAGGCCUUGUUAGCCCGCGGCGCAGACCUUACCACCGAAGCAGAUUCUGGCUAUACUCCAAUGGACCUCGCGGUGGCUUUGGGUCAUAAAAAGGUCCAGCAAGUGAUUGAAAAACACAUUCUCAAGUUAUUGCGGAACAAGGAAAGAAAUGACAAAAGAGAAGAGUCCAAGUGAUGAAUAGCUCCGUUUUCUCCUCCGGAAUCGAAGAAGUGGAUGGAAGUGGGUCUUUGAGACAGGCACCUUCCAUGCCAGCCUACAGAGAUGGUGCAGAACUGGGCAUUUUCAGACAACAGGGUACAGAAAGAAG